AUGGUCCGACGCGUUUUACUCUCGACGCUAGCCUUGGUCCACCUGGUCCACGCGCAAAACAUCGGGGACAUCCCCGAAAUCCACCCCAAACUCCAAACAUGGAAAUGCACCACAAAAGAUGGCUGCACACAACAAGAAACAUCAGUCGUUCUUGACGCUCUGUCUCACCCACUCCAUGAAGUGGGAAACCCCGGCAUCUCAUGCGGCGACUGGUCCGGCCUAAACAAAACCCUCUGUGCCACAGACGAAGACUGCGCCAAGAACUGCGUGCUCGAUAGUGUCGACUAUGCAAGUCGCGGUGUCAGUACAAACGGUGAUAAAUUGGUUUUGCACCAGUACCUGCAAUCCAAUAACGAGACGACCGUCGCUUCACCGAGAGUGUACCUUCUCGAUGAAAAUGGGAAGAACUACGAUAUGCUCCGACUCUUAAAUCAAGAACUGAGUUUCGAUGUUGAUGUCUCGUCGCUUGUUUGCGGUAUGAAUGGAGCUUUAUAUCUGUCUGAGAUGCUUGAGUCUGGAGGACGCAGUGAGUUGAAUCCCGCGGGCGCGCAGUAUGGGACUGGGUACUGUGAUGCACAGUGUCCCGCGACGCCGUUGAUUAAUGGCGUUGCGAAUGUUGAGGCGAAAGGGGCUUGUUGUAAUGAGAUGGAUCUUUGGGAAGCGAAUGCGCUGUCGACGGGGUAUACGCCUCAUGCGUGUAAUAUCUCGCGAGUGUAUGAGUGCAGCGGAGAAGAGUGUGGAAAUGAAGGUGUUUGUGACAAAUCCGGUUGCGGGUUUAAUCCGUACGCCCUUGGGGAUCAUGAUUAUUAUGGGUAUCAGAAGCUCGUUGAUACGAGUAAGAGGUUUACUGUUGUCACGCAGUUUAUUGCGGAUAAUGAUGAAGAGGAAGAGAGUUUGGUGCAGGUUAGGCGGUUGUAUGUGCAGGAUGGGACGGUGAUUCAGAAUGCUGUUGUUGAGACCGCGGGGAUGGAGAUUGAUUCUUUGACGGAUGAGUAUUGUCAGUCGGCGAGUCGUUUCCAAGAAAUGGGUGGGUUAAAGCAGAUGGGUAAGGCGAUCUCGAGGGGAAUGGUCUUGGUGUUUAGUAUCUGGAAUGAUUCGGGUGCGUUCAUGAAUUGGCUGGAUAGUGGCGAUGCUGGGCCAUGUAAUGGCACUGAAGGAGAUCCGAAGCUAAUUCAAGCCCAGCAUCCUGGCACUUCAGUGAGCUUUUCAAAUAUCCGAUGGGGGGAUAUCGGAUCUACUUACGUUAAUUGA